AUGUCAUCAUCAUCAUCAUCGUUACCAUCCUCAGGUCAAUGGAUCACCAAGGCCCCGUAUGCCAGCAAUAACUACCUGCAAACGUACGAUGUCUACCUCGCUGACGAAACUCGUUCAGCAGACGGAUGCUGGCUGAUCUACAUCCACGGCGGCUUCUUCCGAGAUGCGCUCGUUGACUCGAUAUCGUUCCACCCGACAGUGUCGCUGCUCACACAGAAUUCGUCCAAGCUCAUCGCGGGCUACGCCUCACUAAACUACCGUCUCUCACCCUCAAGUAAAAACCCUCAAGACCCUUCGUCCACUCCUCCUUUUGAGCUUCGUGCUGCCGUUUGGCCGGACCACUUGGACGACGUAUGCGCAGGCCUCCGCCACCUUCAGACGACAUAUUCUUUUGGAUCGAACUACGUGCUCGCAGGACACAGUGUGGGAGCGACCUUGGCCCUGCUCGCGGCGAUCAAGGGCCCCCAGAGCCACGACGUGGUCCCGCCCAAGGCGGUGCUCGGCUUGAGCGGCAUCUACGACUUUCCGCUCCUCCACGAAUCACACCCAGAGUAUGAGGCGCUGACGUUCAAUGCCAUGAAGCGCGGCGAGGAAGUCGACGCCAGCCCAGCCGUCUAUGAUGCACAGACGUACCGAGCGGCGGGCGUGGCGAAGGUCCUCCUCGCGCAUUCCAAGGACGACGGCCUCGUCCCCUGGAACCAGGUUGAUCGGAUGAAGGAAAUUCUCGUGAAAGGCGAAGAGGACUAUGUAAAUGUGCUCGAGCUAUUCGGCAAACACAAUGACAUCUGGGCAGAUGGGAAAGAGGUUGCUAGGGCUUUCGACGCGAUAUUGAAGACGCUAUAG